AUGCCUUUCAUCCUCGCCAUUCCUGCCACUUUACCUUCUCUCCGAAGAUCCUCGCACUCACUCCUAAUCUUCGGUCUUCUUUCUCGUCAAUUCUCCAGCUUUCAGGCGCUGUUCUCUUCUGUAUCUAUGCUGAUUUCGAUCGACGUCGCUGCUUCCGGCGCCUCCUCUAACUCUCCGCGCAACUUGAAUGCAGGGAACAGAUCUCUGGUUAAGUGGAUACCCGCCGUCGCAGCCGCGCAAGUUUUGGCGGGUUGUACUACUUGUCCCGGCCGCUUGAUACCGAUCACACUGAUUUUCGUUUCUUCAAGAAGCAUUUAUCGUCCUUCUUUGACCGGUCAGCGACUAUCGCGGGCGGCGAAGCUACCUCAGCCAGCGAUUGUCGUGGAAAUUCCUCCUAGUUUCACAAACUUUCUUUGCCGGAGUACAGAUCGAAGUUCCUCUUUGGAGGUGAGUUUUUUACUUUGGAGCUUAGACAGGCAGUGA